AUGGCUCGUGGCACUGGGAAACGUGCAAACAAGACUCCCGCGAACUCGACCGCCCACACAAAGCCAGCUGCGAGCUCGACCUCUGGCCCUCCGACUCCUUUCCAAUACGCCCCAAUUUCACUCAGACCCUUCCUUUCGACCCUUCCCACGGACCACAUAUACUUAGUGCACCUAGAUCACACGCCGCCGAAUCUCAAGAAACGUGUAUUCGUUGUCCCUGUCCUCCUCAAUCUUCUCAUCACCAUCGGACUCUGUGUCCGCUUUUACUAUGCCGUCCCCCUCUACCUCGAACAAAUCAUCACAAUUUUCGGCUAUGACACUGCAUACAAAAUCGACACGAAGAGUGCAGGAGCGGGAGAACUCUUCAACGCUGUCACUUCACGAACGGCCUUACUCAUGCUCGACUACGUUAUAUUCGGUUUGAUUGGAAGCUGGCCCAAGGAAUUUGUCUUUGGCAGCAGACUGUUGAGGUUCGUUGGUCCGUGGGAAUGGAGGAGAACAAUAGGGUUCAGAGAUACGGAGAUAAUUGUUCGCAGAGGAAGGAGUUGGGAUACACCGUUGCUCAUCGGGGACACUCCAGAUGAAGGAAAGAAGUGGAAUCUGGAUGACGAAUUGACCAUCAAAGUCAAAGUCGAUCCGGCCAUGCGCACCGCAACUCUUGCAAAGACUGGAUACCUACUCCUUGACAAGGAUUGGGAUCUCGACUUCAAGGCGAUGCUGGACGCGCAUAGGCUAGUGGAAAAAGGUGUGAUCCAACUGGAAGACCUUGAGAACAUUGCUCUGGUAUAUUAUGAGAAACAAUGGUUGGUCUGGAAAGUCCACGAACCGUCAGAUGUUAUUGCCAAUGGACAGCAGCAGGACAGCACUGUCGAAAGAUUCAGACGCAUCCUUGCAGAUCUCGGCGCCGAAGCAGUCUUCUUCCGCUGGAUCGAGAUCGUCCAGUUCGAGACCUCGCAACCUGGCGGGUUCACUCAAGGACGACAGGCUGAGGCGAUCCGCGAACUAAGGACUCGCCUGGAAAAGAAGGGGGUGGAUUACGCCAAGUUCUGGGAAGAUAUCGGUGGACAAGCUGGUCUUCCUGGUCUUGACGAGCAAAAUCAAUAA